AUGCAAUUAAAGACUGUCACUUACCCAGCUUGCCCAGGAGGGCCAGCACAUAAAUGGGCACAGCCGGGCGCUGGGUGCUGUCCUGGCAGGAUGCAGAGCUCCAGGAGCAAGGCCUGCUCCUGCCCCAGCCUCAAGCUGAGGGAGGUGGCAUCCAUGUACUUCACCCUGGUGGCCGCCUUCCUGGUCAUCCUGGUGGUGGCCCUGCAGGGCUCGGCGCCCCGAGGGAGUGAUUUCCCCUACAAGGUGCCCCUGGACCCCCAGGGGCUGCUGGAGCUCUCCUGGAACGUCAGCUACCCCGAGCAGGCCGUGCACUUCCAGCUGCUCGUCCGGGACCUGCAGUUCGGGCUCCUCUUUGGGAUGUCGGACAGGGGCGAGCUGGAGAACGCCGACCUGGCCGUGCUCUGGAGCGAUGGGCACCACUCCUACUUUGGGGAUGCCUGGAGCGAUGCCAGGGGGCAGCUCCACUUGGAUUCCCAGCAGGACUACCAGCUCCUCGGGGCUCGCCGGGCUCCUGAGGGGCUCUACCUCCUCUUCAGAAGAGCCUUCAGCACCUGUGACCCCAAGGACUACCUGAUAGAGGACGGCACCGUGCACCUGAUCUACGGCAUCCUGGAGAAACCCGUGCACUCCCUGCAGGCCAUCAACAUCUCUGCUCUCCACGGGGGCCUGCAGAGGGUGCAGCUGCUGAAACCCAACAUCAGCAUCCCUGAGCUGCCCAGGGACAUGAAGACCAUGGAGAUAACAGCCCCAGAUGUUGUCAUUCCCAGCCAGGAGACGACCUACUGGUGUUACAUGGCAGAACUGCCAGAGGGCUUCCCCAAGCACCACAUUAUCAUGUACGAGCCAGUGGUCACAGCGGGCAACGAGGCGCUGGUGCACCACAUGGAGGUUUUCCAGUGUGCAGCUGAGUUCGACAGCUUCCCCCACUACAGCGGGCCCUGCGACUCCAGAAUGAAGCCAGACAGGCUCAACUACUGCAGGCACGUGCUGGCAGCCUGGGCCAUGGGGGCACAGGCUUUCUACUACCCUGAAGAAGCAGGUCUAGCCUUUGGUGGCCCAGGCUCCUCCAGAUAUUUGCGUCUGGAGAUCCAUUACCACAAUCCCCUGGUGUUCAAAGGUCGCCGGGACUCCUCGGGGAUCCGCCUGUACUACACGGCCACCCUCCGUCCCCACGACGCUGGGAUCAUGGAGCUGGGCUUGGUGUACAGCCCAGUGAUGGCCAUUCCCCCUGGAGAGCACAGCUUCACGCUCACGGGGUACUGCACUGAUAAAUGCACCCAGCUGGCUCUGCCCGCUGCUGGCAUCCGCAUCUUCGCCUCCCAGCUGCACACACACCUGGCGGGGAGGACGGUGGUGACGGUGCUGGCCCGGGACGGGAGGGAGCAGCGGGUUGUGAACGCUGACAGGCACUACAGCCCUCACUUCCAGGAGAUCCGCAUGCUCAAGGAGGUGGUCGCGGUUUUUCCGGGCGAUGAACUCAUCACCAGCUGCACGUACAACACGGAGGAUCGGAGCAGAGCCACCGUGGGAGGCUUUGGCAUCCUGGAGGAGAUGUGUGUGAACUACGUGCACUACUACCCCCAGACCCAGCUGGAGCUGUGCAAAAGUGCUGUGGAUCCCGGCUACCUGCACCGCUACUUCAACCUGGUGAACAGGUUUAACGACGAGGAGAUCUGCAUGUGCCCCCAGGUCUCUGUCCCACAGCAGUUUUACUCCAUCCCCUGGAACACCUUCAACAGGGAUGUGCUGAAAUCUCUCUAUGGCUUUGCUCCCAUCUCCGUGCACUGCAACAAAUCCUCUGCUGUCCGCUUCCCGGGCGAGUGGGAGAAGCAGCCUCUGCCCAGCAUCACCGAGAGGCUGCGGGAGCGCGUCCCUCGCUGCCCGCCCGCCCCGGAGCCCCGCCCCGCUGCCCCCAUCCCGCUGGACCUGGGCCAGCUCCGCAGGGACUGACACGGCGCUGCCAGCAGGCAGAGCACCCAUCCAAGGGGAGCAUCCAUCCAAGGGCAGCAUCUAUCCAAGGGGAGCAUCUAUCCAACGGGAGCAUCUAUCCAACGGGAGCAUCUAUCCAAGGGGAGCAUCCAUCCAAGGGCAGCACCCAUCCAAGGGCAGCACCCAUCCAAGGGCAGCACCCAUCCAAGGGCAGCACCCAUCCAAGGGCAGCACCCAUCCAAGGGCAGCAUCCCUCCAAGGGCAGCAUCCAUCCAACGGGAGCGUCCAUCCAAGGGGAGCACCCAUCCAAGGGGAACACCCAUCCAAGGGGAGCACCCAUCCAAGGGCAGCAUCCAUCCAACGGGAGCAUCCCUCCAAGGGCAGCAUCCCUCCAAGGGCAGCAUCCCUCCAAGGGCAGCAUCCCUCCAAGGGCAGCAUCCAUCCAAGGGCAGCACCCACCCAAGGGGAGCACCCACCCAAGGGCAGCACCCACCCAAGGGCAGCAUCCACCCAAGGGCAGCAUCCAUCCAAGGGCAGCAUCCACCCAAGGGCAGCAUCCACCCAAGGGCAGCACCCACCCAACGGGACCAUCCCUGCCCCGCCGGCCGCGGCCCCGGCCCUGCCUCCGGAGGGGCUUCGAGCUCAGCAGGCAGAGUUCACAAAGCCCUCCGGGGAUAGGAAGCGCUAUAUUUAGCGCGUUAUUAGCAAUGCUGGCUCUGAGUAAUGCUGCUUCCCACCCCCGGAAUAAUAACGGCGAGGUUCGCUAUUGUGCGGGAAGGAGCUUGUUUGCCCGCAGGGAAACUGAGGCACGGGAGCAAAGGGAUGCGUGGGAGCAGCAUAAAAGCCUUGCUGGUGUCCCACGGUCCUGUCUAGCUCAGGAUGGCUCCACAGGUGCUGCUCCACGCUGGCAGCUGGGGCAGGGAUGGAGGGAUGGAAGGAGGGAGGGAGGGAUGGAGGGAGGGAUGGAAGGAGGGAGGGAUGGAUGGAUGGAGGGGUGCCACAACACCCACCCAGCACUCCCCUCCCUCCUGCAGGGACUGCAGCUCCCCACCACGCUCCUUCCCCCGCUCAGAAUUGCUCCUCUCGAUGCCACCCGACGCCAGUGGCUGGGAACAAACGAUGCCUCUAGGGGAGGGGGGUGGGGAGAAGGGGGAAUGACAAAUCUUUUGUCAGGAAAAAUUGCUCCAUUAAAUAUCUAAAUGUAAAAUAAAUUGCUUUUUGCUGUUGAGCUCUGAAGGGAGAACAAUCAGGAGGAGCAAAAGAGAGGCUGGAGGUGCUGCAGGAGAGUCCAUGGCUUGGUGCCUUGCUGCCCUGGGACAGGUGGGAUCCAGGCCAGGUGGUCCCCAAAUUUCCUUCCCAGCUACUUUGGGUGUAAGAGAAACCUCAGGUCAGAGCACUGCACACCAGAAAAGGCUUUUUAAAGCAAAACCUGAUCUUCCAGGCACAGAGUGAAUGCCUGGCUUGGCAGGGAGGCAGA